AUGGAGGAUUCCGCCAGCAGAGCUCGGGAACCACAGAGAAGCGACUCUAUAUCCCUACUCGAGCAUGCCUCUCGUCGUUCUCUCAUUGUCGAUUGUCAUGUGCCGGAAUUGUUGUUGCCCCAAGAGAACAUUGCACAGGUGGCCGAAUCUACCAUCGGCCUCGACGGCCUGAAUGGUGGUAGCGACGGCCGGAGCGGCGGAGGAUCCAUUCUCGCGGGACUGGGCACACUUGCUUCUACACACUUUCCUCUACAGCCCGAUUCAGCUCUCAGCUCGAGUUCCGGCUUUGGGUCUGCUCCAAACGACGUCGGGCAUGCUUCUAGCCCCUGCAUCAGUCCUCAGACGACGGCCAAAUCUGGUGGCGGCCUGGUCACGGACCGUCCCGACGAAGCCGGCGUCCGCUUGUCUGGUCAGCCGGAAGCGAGGCAAUUCGUGUUUGAGCCUGCGCAACCGAGGCCGCUGGGCGUUACUAAGGCCUCUGUAGAGGCGGCUGGCUGUAUCGGCGCAAGAGAAGCCUGUCGUCGAGGCCUGUAUAAGGUUUCAUUCGGCUCAACCUUGACAGAAUACCAUAGCAGCGAAGCAACUAUCUGCUCCAGUUCGCAAGAACAUCAGCAGCGGCUUUCAUCACUUAUUCAAGUCCCCCAUGAGUACCAGCAAUUUUUCCCUGAUACUCAGGAACCCUGGCCGUCUAACGCGCCUAUGGAAUCACAGCAGACUUGUCCCGAUGACUCCUACGUAACCGCCUUUCCUGGCUCUUUCUCCUUUAAUGCCCUUCUAGUCAAUGAUCCAACUUUUAUGUCUCCGAAAGACCGGAACCAUUUAGCCGAGUUUGAGGCUUGUGGCAAGACGAUACACAGCCCUCCGGCCGAGAGCGACUUGCACAGAAACCCUCCGCUGCUUUAG